UUUGUCCCUAAAAAUCGCCGCCUUCCCUCCUCGAAAAAGAGGUUGAGUAAUAACUAAUCAAACAUAACGUUAUCCAAAUCUAUCUCGGUGUUUGUUGCUGUCCGAUCCAAUAUUUUCAAACCGAAACUUACUGGUAAAAACUCCCAACUUCGAAAUUUCAUGAGCAAUGUUAAGGCUUGGUCAGGAGCAGAAAUUGGAGCUCAUCAAGCAGUUGCCUAAAACAGAGCUUCACCUCCAUCUGGAUGGGUCCUUGUCGCCAGAAUUUAUGGAGCGGGAGUCUCGAAGAUCCGGUAUAAGGUUGCCCGUGCCUGCCGCAGAUAUUCCACAAUGGAUUAUGGAGCAGAAAUGUGAUGCCACCAAGCAGAACGUGGACAAUGUCCAAACCAAGGGAGGAAACUGGAGUGUCUUUGAUUUUUGCAAUCAAUUCCUUCAAACCAAAAUUGCGAUCCAAGAAGCGGUUCAAGAUCUUUUGAAUCGACUUUAUGCAAAUCACACAGUAGUGUACGCGGAAAUUCGAUUUGCACCCGUAUUUUCUACAUUGAAAGGUCUUACGGCCCGUGAAGCCGUGGAAGCAGCCUUGGCAGGAUUCAACGCCCAGGACAAAGUUCGGGGAGGUCUCAUAAUAUGCUUGAUGAGAUCAUUUGACGAAACCCAUGGACUUGAAAUGGUGGAAUUGGCAAAGUCGUUUUGGGGAAGGAAUCCUUUCGGAGUAGUCGGGAUUGAUGUGGCCGGCGAUGAAGGGUCGUUUCCACUAGCUUCCGAGUCUGAUGCCAUGUUCAAGGGUGUCAUGAAGGCUAAAGACUAUGGGAUACCUAUCACAAUUCAUGCCGGGGAAUGGCCGGAUAACAAGUUCAAGACCAUAAAGAAUAUCGAAUUCGCCAUAAAUACAUUGGGAGCUGACAGGAUUGGUCAUGGAAUUGCUUUGGGUCGACAUCCGGACGUUCUGAAAUUGCUCAAAGAUACUGGCACUGCGGUUGAGGUUUGCUUGACUUCCAAUGUGGGCCGGGGAUUCAAAGUGAAAUCUUUCGCGGAUCAUCCGGCGAAAGUUUUUGCUCAAGAGAAGAUUCCAUUCGCUUUGAGUUGCGAUAACCUACUUUUGAGUGGGGAUUUAAGUAUAAGACCUAAUCCUUGUGGUGAGAUUAUGCAUUUGUUAGAUGAUGUUUUGGACGGCGAUGAACUAGAGAGAUGGAGCAUAAUACGACGUUGUCUAUUGCAUGGCCUGGAAAGGGGUUUCAACCCAAGCUGUCCUCCUGGAUUCAAAGAGUGGUGUACUAAGAAAAUUGACGAGCUAUUCAAGCAAUUUCAAAUACCUGCAACCAAUUGACUUCUGUCACAAAAACACGUUUAUUGCUAACAAUAUCAUUCAAAUUUAAUCAAU